AUGUCGUCGCCAAGAAAGCUUCCAUUAGAUCUUGAAGAAGAGAUACUCGUGCGAGUUCCACCUCGAUCUCUCGUUCGCUUCAGAACCGUUUGCAAAACAUGGAACACUCUUCUCAACAACAAGAGAUUCGCCAACAAACAGUUGCCUUUCGCUCGACCAGAGUUCAUGUUACAUACCGAUCAUAGAACUUAUUCCGUAAGCGUCAAUCUCAAUAACGAAGAUCCAACAACGAAAGUGCGUAACUUCUACUUCGACUUUACCAAGAUUUAUGGGACUGAUCAUCAUACUUAUGACGACUGUGGUAACUCUGAUGGGUACUUCUUCUUAUAUCAACCCUAUGAAUUCAGACCAUGUGGUGUGGUGUGGAACCCUUUCUUUAGACAGGUUAGAUGGAUUCAGACCAUGGUUUUCUCUUUUAACUUAUGUGGCAUGGUCUACAAUGGUAAUGGACCAGACAAGAGUUAUAACAAGAUUGUUGGGACUAGUUAUUGUUUUGAGGAUGAUCACCAGGGAAUUAUCAUGUUUGAUUUUGAAACCAAUGCGUGGAAGUCUAUUGAUCAUGCCGGGUACGUAGCAAAGCACACCAGAGAACAGUCGUUACGCUAUAAUAAUGUGUCCCUGAAUGGAAAUUUGUACUGGACAGCUUAUAAUCUUGAAACCGGUCGGUACUUCAUCCGUUUCCUCGAUCUUUUGGAAGAGAGAGUCAAGCCCUUUUGUGUCCUACCUUGUAAGAAGAGAAAUUAUUCUCAUUCUCAUGUCCUUGCGAUUUACAAGGGAGAUCGGUUUUCGUUGUUAGAGCAUUGCAAAGAAACGAGCAAGAGUAAGAUUUGGGUGACAAAGAAUAAGAUUAGCAGUAGGGGUGAUGGAGACGAUGUGGUUUGGAUCAAGUUCAUGACUAUCUCAAGACCUAGCUAUCCAAGGUUUUAUCACAAGUUUUCAAGAUACAUGGUCGAGGAUAAUAUAUAUGGAAAGACCUUCAUCAUGUGUUGUAGCAACAAUAGAAAUGGACAAGCUUACGUCUAUAUUGUGAGGGGAGGUAAGUGCAAAAAGAUUAAAAUAGAUGAAGUGCCUACUCAGUCAGGUUGCUCUUUUCAUGUCCCAAGUCUGAUCCCCUUCACUUGA